GCUACAGCAUCAGCACUACUGGAGCCCAAAGGUAAAAGUAAAUUACACGCGCUCGCGCGCGCACACAUAUAUAUCGUAUAAUGAGCAGCACCGCAUUGAGUUGUGUUUUUAUGCCGCCGGUAUCACAUCCAUUUGUGUCUCGUUAUAUAUCUCCCUUCUCCUCUUUCCCUUGUUUCUCUAAAACCCACAGAUAUAUUUAGAAGAAGGGGUCCUUCUCUAAUCAAGGCUAAUACGAUUUCGAACAUGGCAACAGAGGAAGAAUAUCGGGGUAGUCCUAAACAACAACUAGAAAAGUUAUUCAAAGCAUCGAUUAGAGUCACAGUUCCUGACCUGCCUGAUGUUGAACCACUGAUUGCUGCUUGUAAUCCCAGAUUCGGUGAUUACCAAUGCAACAAUGCUAUGAGCUUAUGGACAACAAUAAAGGGGAAGGGUACUGAAUUUAAAGGCCCUCAGCCUGUUGGACAGGCUCUUAAAAACAAUCUUCCAACAUCAGAAAUGGUUGAGUCAUUAAGCAUAGCAGGGCCUGGCUUUGUGAAUGUUGUAUUGUCGAAGCAGUGGAUAGCCAAGAGCAUCCAUAAGAUGCUAACAGAUGGCGUCGAAACAUGGGCGCCUAAGCUUUCAGUUAAAAGAGCUAUUGUCGACUUCUCUUCACCCAACAUAGCAAAAGAAAUGCAUGUUGGUCACCUAAGAUCUACCAUAAUAGGAGAUACACUAGCCCGUAUGCUUGAGUUUUCAAAUGUUGAAGUCCUAAGAAGAAAUCAUGUUGGGGACUGGGGUACACAGUUUGGUAUGUUAAUUGAAUUCCUAUUCGAAAAGUUUCCGGACUGGGAAAAUGCUAAUGAUCAGGCCAUUGGUGAUCUUGAGGUAUUCUACAAGGCUUCAAAACAGAGAUUUGACAGUGAUUCUGCUUUCAAAGAGAGAGCACAGCAGGCAGUAGUCAGUCUCCAGGGAGGUGAUGAGAAAUACCGCAAGGCAUGGAAACAGAUAUGUGAAAUUAGCCGGAAGGGUUUUGAGAAAGUUUAUAAAAGACUUGGAGUUCAUUUAGAGGAGAAGGGCGAAAGUUUUUAUAAUCCUUUUAUUCCUAUGGUUUUGGGGUUGCUAAAUGAGAAGGGACUUGUUGAAGAAAGUGAAGGGGCGCGUGUGAUCUUCAUUGAAGGGAAAAAGAUACCACUUAUUGUUGUUAAGAGAGAUGGUGGAUUCAAUUAUGCUUCAACUGAUUUAACAGCUUUAUGGUACCGUCUUAAUGAAGAAAAAGCCGAGUGGAUCAUAUAUGUUACAGAUGUUGGGCAGCAAGAGCACUUUGAUAUGGUAUUCACAGCAGCUAAGCGUGCAGGUUGGCUUCCCACUGAAGACAGUAAGUACCCUAAAACGAAUCAUGUAGGCUUUGGUCUUGUUCUUGGAGAAGAUGGAAAGCGAUUUCGAACUCGAAGUACUGAGGUGGUCAAAUUAGUUGAUCUACUUGAUGAAGCCAAGAUUCGCUGUAGGGAUGCUCUUAUUGAACGAGGUAGGGGAACAGAUUGGACCAAGGAGGAACUUGAGCAAACUGCUGAAGCUGUUGGAUAUGGUGCCGUUAAGUAUGCUGAUCUGAAGAACAACAGAUUGACAAACUACACAUUCAACUUCGAUCAGAUGCUUAAUGAUAAGGGAAAUACUGCUGUGUAUUUGCUUUAUGCACACGCUCGAAUUUGUUCGAUCAUCAGGAAAUCUGGUAAAGACAUGGAGGAAUUAAAGAAGGUCGGAAAAAUUGAGUUGAUUGAAGAUGCUGAGCGUGUGCUAGGACUCCAUUUACUACAGUUUGCUGAGAUUGUUGAAGAGGCUUGCAUCAAGCUCCUGCCGAAUGUGUUGUGCGAAUACUUAUAUGGCUUAUCUGAGGAUUUUACAGGAUUCUAUUCCACUUGUCAGGUUGUUGGUUCGGCCGAGGAAACUAGCAGGCUUUUGCUGUGUGAAGCUACAGCAGUUGUCAUGAGAAAAUGCUUCCAUUUAUUAGGGAUUACACCUGUAUACAAAAUUUGAUAUAUUGAUUUGUCCAACUCUGGGCCUUUUUGUGAAAGGACUUUGUUGUAAUUUUAAAAUAGCUUAGUAGUAGUUGACUGGAAAGCAUGAUACAUGUAUUCUUAUGCCAUUUUCUUUGCUAGGCAUGUCAACUAUUUCAAACGGUGAUUUUAUGAAACUAAAAGCCCCAUGAACUAAA